UUUGAGCUACAGGAAAGCCUCUCAGUGGACAGGAAUGCCGAGUACUGGAUCUAAUUCAUUAUUUAAUGUGAAGUUGUGAAGAAAAGAAAUCGAUUCAUGAAAUCUGAGGAAGAAACAUUUUUAUUUACUUUCAAAUGGACUGAAUAAUCCUCGCUUGCACUUUAUUUGGACAUGUUGUUGUUAAGGACCUUUAUAUCCACUGUUGCUAUCACCAUUGCUGCUAAUUUGGGACUAUGUUUCUGUGGAUGUGCCCGUGCUGAAUAUGAGAUCGAUGGAGAAUGUUGCCCCAUGUGUGCCCCCGGAACAACAUGUGUUCCUUGUCCUGCAUCAACAUACACAGAUGAACCCAACAGCCGUAUAUCAUGUUUUCCCUGCACUGUGUGUGAUCCAGUCUAUCGACUAAAAGUGCGCAAGGACUGCACGCACUCUGCAGAUACUACUUGUGAGCCACAGGAAGGAUUCCAUUGUAUUAAACUAAAUAAAGACUCUUGUGCAUUAGCAGUGGAGCACUCCGCAUGUAACCCUGGACAAUAUAUUAAACAAACAGGAAGAGCAUUUAGUGAUACCGUAUGUGCUGACUGCACUGAUGGAACUUAUUCAGAUGGCUCUCUAAUGGCCUGCCUGCCACAUUCAAAAUGUGAGACUAUGGGACUUACAGAAGUAAAAGCAGGAACAACAUCCUCUGAUGCUGAAUGUGAGAAAGUGAUUUCACUUGGUGUCAUAGCUGGAGUUAUUAUAGCUGUAACUGUGGCAUCAUUACUAGCAUACAUUAUAUACAGAAAAGCAUGGGGCUCUAACGAACGUGUCUACAUACAACAAGCAACUGACGAUCCAUAAUCAAAGUGGCACGGUUUGGACCGACAGUAUUAACAGCUCAACCGUCACGGAAUGGAACGCACAGGAUUGUGGGAUAUCAAAGGCAGCGAAGGAUACAUCUAUGCUGCCUUCAAAAUUCAAUCAGAAGAAGGUACCUCAGGAGACAAGAAGUGAAGCAGAAUUUGGAUUCGGACGUGCCUUGAUGCCUUCCUGCCUUGGAAUGCUUUCGGACGCAGCCGAUGUUUCCCCAUUCAAAGAGAUCGGAGCUGUGCUUGCAUUGCAUUUCAAAGAUGGCCGCCGACUGACAUGACUUGUCUUAAAGAGACUUUGGGUGUAACUUACUGAAGCUGAAGGUAAAAACAUCCAAAAUGGCCGUUUAAAAACAAGGACAAAUGGUGCGGUUUUUGUAAGAUAUUGAAGGAGUGGAUGCCGAGCUGCCAUAUCCUUCAUAUUGAUAUUAAUUAUAUUAUUAUAUUAUUUCUUGUUUGACUAUUAAUCAAGCUAUGGCAAGAGUGAAAUGUGUAACCUUAUGUGCGCUUAUGAGAUAUUAAAGAAUCCUGCUUUAUGCUGUACGUCUACUCUCUAAAAUGAUGACUUCAUAGUGUGUGUGUAACGAAGGCAAGGAGGCCUUGAAGUUCUGAUAAGUGCUCUGUGUGUAUGUAUGUGUGCUCGUAGCUCUCUACCAGUGUGUUAGAAGACUGUCUCUGUCAGCUACCGCCAUCCUGACCAAAAAUAGGUGUCCGGAAGACACCUAUCUUGUAUGAUCCCUGAUCGCUGACGUCUGCCCAAUCAGAUGGAGAUAUGCUUGAAGCAUUUACGUCCAUAUGUGGAGAUUGUCUAAGUUUAUCUAGGUUUUAGAACCUAUCAGAAUUUUGAUGACUUAUGCAUUGACGCAAUUAGCAACCUCUGUUAGGGUAUAACUGCUGGUGUUUUUGAAUUGUACGCAGAGCGGCCUACGAACUCGAAUGUGAGUCUUGAAGCUGACUUCUGCUGAUGAAACUGCAAACUAUCUUCAGUAAAUUUUCUUCAUUUUUGAUCGAAUCUCUUGACUUCUGGUCUUCAUUCAACACACUUGGUCCAAGGGUCUUUACUGUAAAUUCCCCUACAAUAUGUUUACAAGAUAUGUAAUGACAUUUUUCCCCUCGUGUGCACGCGCAUGAUGUCAGUUCACUAGAUACUGACUUUUUGUUUACUGUUCAGAGACAGUAGUUUCCCGCACAAUGAACACCACGACAGGAGCAAACUGCGGCGCAUUUAAAUGAUUGCAUAUUGAUUCGGCCAUAAGUGCGUUAGAAAGAGAAAACAGUUUGGAAAUGUUUACAUAGAUUGUAUUUUUAG